GUAUCCCGUAGUGGACUGCCGAUGUGGGUGUAUGUGUCCUCUGCCCGUCCGUACCUCUGGGAAUACCUAUGCAAAAGCCAAGAUCGACUCCUCACCUGACAGCCUCAAACUUUAUCAACCCCCCUCCUCCUCUUCCUCACUACUGUGCAGGUAGGUACUCCCCCGCUUCCUCCCAUCAUAAUCUACCACAGCAACAAACCACACAUGAUCGAAAACAAGAUCCAAACAAACAACAGAUGAACAAAACUCCCAGGAAAAGCAGAAAAGCCAUCCCUCGGCAACACGCGGGCGCGGUACGGUACUCUAGCACGGUAGAACCUGUGUUCCACUGCCUUCCUCCCAUAUGUGUGUGUGUGUGUGUGUCGCUGUAGAUGAACCUCAAUCACAGGCCAAAUACCUAUCCCCAUCCCUCAAAUGUCCAGAUAGUAAGAGUGAAUCAAUCUUACCCAAAUUGCGCACAA